CCGCCGUACCUCCUCUGGAAGGCGAGGCCGGUGCAUUGUGGGAGGAAGAGGCUUCAUUUUGCAGAUAGUGUUGGGCGGGAGAGGCAGACUCCUCCAUUUUCUCCUCUAGCAGUGCUGUUGUGCCCACCCUGGUACUCCAAUAAAGGAGGGUCUCGGGGCAGGUUUUGUGAGGUCUAAACCCUGAUGAGGCCCGGUCAAGCGCUUCGGAUUUGACUUGGAAUCUGAAAAUGUCAGCAGGAGCUCAAGUCGCAAACCCCGAUUCCCCGGGGCCCUCGAAGCCCAUCUGCCUGGCCCUGGGAGUGGUCUCCUUCCUCUGCUUUGUGGCCGGCUUCAGCACCGGGGCAGAGUUUGUGCGUUUCCUGUCCUUCGGGGCCAUCUUCAGGAACAUCAGUGGAGGACUGGAUGCAUACCCCGUACCGUGGGGCGAGGCCGUUGGAGACGCCGCCUUCCUGCGUUCCCUCGGGAUUAACGUUGCGCUGCUGGUUUUGUUCGUCCUCCAGCACAGCCUCAUGGCCUGGCCAGUGGUGAAGGACAUUGUGGUGAAGAUGUUUGGGGUGCUGCAGAGAUCGGUCUACAUCCUGUGCACCGCCCUGUCCCUCCAGAUCUUGAUGCGCUACUGGCAGUCCUUCCCCCGAGGACCCUAUCUCUGGAACGUCUCCACUGCCCCCUGGAGCGCCUGGCUCCCCCUGCUGUGUGCGCUCCUCCAUACCAUAUCGUGGCUCCUCAUAUUCAGCGUCCUGCUGAUCUUCGACUACGCCGAACUGAUGGGGGUCAAGCAGGUCUAUUAUCACUGCCAGGGAUUGGGUGACCCCCUGUCUCAUAAGUCUCCCCGCGCGGCCCGGCUCUACGCUCACCUUAGGCACCCCAUCUACCUGGAGUUACUGGUCAUCCUCUGGGCGGUGCCCUCCCUUCCUCCUGAUCGUCUGCUCCUCUCCGCCAUCCUGACCCUUUACCUGACCCUGGUUCACCGCCUGGACGUGCAGGAUUACAGCUACCUCCGCUCCCAGCUGGAAAAGAAGUUUACGCUCUUCUCGCGAGAGGAAGCGAGCACCGAGCAUGGCGGACUGUGGAAAAAGGACUGAAGAGGGAUGGACUUGGGGCCAGCGGGUGGGUGGCAUGGAGGCAAAGGCUUUAGGCUGCUGUAGGCGAAGUGUAGGUAUGCAUAUGGCGGUUUUUGCUAAGUUUACAUUGCUAAGAUCUGAACAGUUUUUCUGGUCCCGUCCUUAAAGGGGCGCUUCACUUUAGCCAUUGGUGGAGAUGCAGUUGGGUCAGUGUGGCCCACAUCUCAUGCAGGCUGGUUAGCACAAGCGUAGGGGGUAGUAAGGAUUUAGGGGGUUGUCCAUGCAUACUCUCUGCGUUGUCUGGCAUCGGGCGUGGUGAACCCCAAAUACAUGCUGGGUGGUACAGGUGCCAAGGCAACCGUUCAGCACCCAGCAGGUAUCGUGCGCUGGUCUCUUGCUGGUUGUUGUGCAGUUGCCUGAUCGAGCAGUUGCAUCUGUUGCCCGGAUUGGGUGGGACAACUCCU